GUGCCCUCAGAACAUUGAGGUACACUCACUAAAUAUAGAACGCACAUAGACAUGCAUGCCUAGAAGCAGAUGCUUAUUUUGCACAGGAGAAAGGGGAUUGGUCCAUUGGAGUGUCACUUGGUUCUGCCCUCAGUCAGAAGAGCCAAUACUAUUGAACCCCUCAGUAAAGGUGGCUGUAGAUUAACAGCGUCAGCUUUGUCACAACAGUAGCCAGUGUAAACACAACAAGAAGAAGGCUUGUAGUAGACUAAAAUUAGGAAACUCUAUAUUGCAGUGUAUAUGACCUGUGAAGAGCAAGUGAGCAGGGCUUACAUCAGCUUAAACUCUCAUUCAGGAGGACAGUACACAGGCAUCCAGUGGUUCAAGUUAUUUGGCCCGACUCCAUCCAGGCCCAGUUUCAAUCCAGUUGUGUGUGCAUAACAUCAGUAUAAACCAAGGUGUACCUCAGGGUGCGCCUUAGGGGCCAAAGAGGUUUCAGAUACUGUACAGGAUAAGGAACCUGGUUAGUAGCAUCAGAAAUUUGUCUCACCUUGUUAGGAAUCGCUCCCAUGAAGCCUUACUGGUCAAACAUGAGCAGUUGCCUUUCACCCUGUAAUUCUGCAUGGACAAUUUCUCUUAAAAGGUCAAAGUUGAGGCCACUGAGCUGCACCAAUAUCAGUCUAAAACAUGGUGCUUAUCUAUGCUAUGCCAAGGCUUCUCGGAUUUAUUCCACAUCCAGCAGGGAGACAUUUAAGGUGGAAGCUCCUAUCGGAGUUUACCAGGACAGCAAGGCUGCUUUUAAGAUACAGUUAUUGCGAAUGAGACUUGGGAGCUCUUUCAAGCGCCUAUCUAGGCACAUCAAUGUGCAUUUUAAGCAGAAGGAGAUGGAUGCAUCAGUUUUUUCUGGUCAGGCUAGAUUUGUGUCUGCAGUACAGGAGCCUGUCUCUAGAGUGCAUAAACAAGCACAAUGUCAGAGAGCACUAAGGGAUAGGGCCUAUAUAGUGAGAGAGCCUAGAGAGGAAACCCUCAUGAACCAGUCUGAGGAAUCACCAUUAUUCUCUGCAUACCCUAGCCUACAGCUGUUCCAUAUCAGCUCUUUAGCAACCAGGUUUGGGGAGUCCUAUAGCUAUGUAGCCAGUCACAUAAAUUCUGUGUUUUCUAAGAAUCCAGUAAAGCAAGCCUGUGAGGUAUUGCCAGCAUCUGAAGAUAUAAUGAGAACAACAAGAAAGAGAAAAGUUACCAAGCAUCAAAGCACCAUCAGCAAACAAAAUACCCUUUUAGAAACUGGCUCAACUCUUUUUAAUGCAAACCAAGCAGCAGCUGAAGAAGGAAACAACCCAGAUCUUUCAUGUUCCUGGGAAGAAGGGUACUUUCACUUUGCUCGUCAUAUCAACCAAUACUUUGGAGCAAAAAUGACAGAUGCUGUUGAGGAAUCACAGCAUAGUCAAAGCGCAUACUCUGCAAAACAUGAGCAAAGUUGUGCAGCAUCACAAGGCAGUUCUCCCUCAGAGAGCACACAGAACUCUUUACCCCUCAGACCUAAAUCCCUCUUCCAUAUAAGCAACCUCACUACAUGCUUCGGGGAAAACUAUGCCUAUAUGAGCACACACAUCAAUCACUACUUCAAGGGCUCUGCAGCCACAGAAGAGGAAGUGGAGCGAGAUCCAUACAGAGGGCAGCCCGAAUAUAGUGUCGCUCUGGAGAGAAAACCUCUGUCCUUUUUCCAGUGCCUUCUAAACCCCUCAGCCAUCCCCAGCACUGUGGGCAGCUACCUGGGAAUGGCUUCCAACAGUCCAGCCAGCGCAAGCACUGCCCCUUUGGACAGAGUGGUGAGUCCUACUCCAGCGGAUUCAAGGGCACUGGGAAGGAGGCUGGCAGAGGAGAAGUCUCGAGUUCUGCUGGGCAGGCUGAAGAAGGCCAAAACACGCUCAUCUAUCAGUUCCUGUGUAGAGGAGUUGAACGCUCACCUCAUUCUGCACCCAGCAUGCAAGGCUGUUGUGUGGCAGGAAAAGGUAUUGCUGCAAAUGUUGAAACACCGGCAGAUUUUUUGGAUGGAUGAGAAACUCCAAGGAGCGAUCAGAGAAACCCUGGCUCUGAUUGGCUAUGUGGAUCCACUUAAAGGUUGUGGAAUACGAGUGCUGUCCAUCGAUGGAGGCGGCACGAGAGGGAUAGUCCCACUGCAGGUGCUGAAACAGUUGGAGGCCGAGACGGGACAGCGGGUGUACCAGCUCUUCGAUUACAUUUGUGGAGUCAGCACAGGAGCUGUUUUGGCCUUCACUUUAGCCUUGGCUCGCACCUCUCUAGAAGAGUGUGAAGAGAUGUACAGGCGCUUUGGGUCAGAUGUUUUCAGACAGAACCCCCUGGUUGGCACUGUGAAAAUGGGUUGGACUCAUUCAUACUACAACACUGAGACCUGGGAGAUGAUUCUGAAAGAGAAGAUAGGGGACAGGCUCCUUAUUAGAACAGCCAGAGAUGAGCUGAGCCCCAAGGUGUCUGCGGUCAGUGCGGUGGUGAACUGGGGGACCAGUCCCAAACCCUUCAUCUUCAGAAACUACAAUCACUCUCCAGGCCGCCUCAGUCGAUACGCAGGGGGGUCUGGAUAUCAACUUUGGCAGGCAGUGCGGGCUUCUUCUGCCGCUCCAGGAUACUUCCAAGAGUUCCCUCUGCACAAUGAUAUACAUCAGGACGGAGGCCUCAUUCUGAAUAAUCCCUGUGCCCUUGCUGUUCAUGAAAGCCGGCUGCUGUGGCCCAAUCAGCCAUUCCAGUGUGUUCUGUCUCUAGGAACCGGUCGAUAUGACAAUGCUAGAAGGGGGCCGGCCACCUCCACCAGCCUGAGAGCCAAAAUCAGCAACCUGAUCAGCAGUGCCACAGAUACUGAGGUUGUUUCAGGUGUGCACACUCUCCUGGAUGAUCUUUUGGAGCCAAAUGUGUAUUUCCGCUUUAACCCAAUGCUAAGUGCUGAGGUGUCGCUGGAUGAGAGUAGGCCUGGUGCUCUACAGCAGCUACAGGAGGACACCCAGCACUACCUGGAGCGGAACCGACCUAAACUGGUCCAGCUGGGUAAAGUUCUGGGGGAAGAACGCACAGCACUGGGUAAAACCUGGAACUGGAUUAGUGAGAAAGGCUGGAAGCUGCAGCAGCGCUGGGGCUGAUUGAGCUCAAGACGUAAACUGUAAUCUUUCUUCUAUCAAAAAUCAUCUGCUUUGUUUACUGCAAGAUCUACAGGUGAAGAAAAUGCAAACAUUUUGCACUUUGGUAGGAGUAUUUUAUAAAAUACAUUUUUUAACAGUGUAAUAAGUAAUAGGGAUGAGCAAUAUGGGGCAAAGAUAUCGUGUCACAAUAUUUAAAGAUGUUUUAUUUUGUGUUUCGCAUACUGUGCUGCACCAUAUCCACUUAAACAGGCUUAAUUAUGCCUGCUUUAUAAUAAAACAUGUAGUGGUCAGUGUUCUAUGUAUGGACGGUGUCCGCUAUAUGUUGAGAAAAGCACAGUAACAAAAUUUAUCACAAUAACCAUAAAAUAGAAAAAUGUUGCCCACCUCUGAGUAAUAUGAACAAACCUGCUAUCUUGUUCUUGUUUCAUUUAUAUGAAAAUGUCUGUACUCACUGUACUCAGUUUAAUUAUGCAUAAUUUCUGCACAUGACAGCUACAUAUCAGUUAUAUAUUGCAUAUAUAUUAUCUUACAGAUAUCACAAUCUAAUUAUAUUUACUGCAUUAAAAAAACAGUUUUCUGCAAAUGUUAACCCACAAUUACUGUAUUUAAUUAGCUGAAAAAAAUAAAG